AGAGGAGGAAGAGGAGGCGGAAGAGGAAGAGGAGGCUUCCUACAUAAAAAUCAAGUCAACCAAAUGGUGCGACGGGCUAUACAGAAGGAAAGGAGGCGGAUGUAUGCUGGAGGAUACGCGUAUCAAGCGUACGUUCCUCCAGCAUACGCAGCACCGCCUCUUCCGCCGCCGAUGGCGAUGCCAAUGCUGCCACCGCCGCCGCCGACGGCGAUGCAAAUGCCGCCACCACCGCCGCCGCCGACGGCGAUGCAAAUGCCGCCGCCACCACCGCCGCCGCCAACGCCAUAUACGUAUGGAUACGGUAGUAGUUAUUACUACCGCUAUCCAUACAUAUAAAUAUAUUAUAUAUAAAAAAUUAUGAAAAUAUAUAUAUAUAUAUAU